AACUGUCGUCUGUCAAAACUUGUAGAAAAUGGUGUGGUAGUGCACUGGAUUAAAGUGCCGUUGAUUCCCUGAAUAAAACCCAAAAGUUCAAUCGAAAAAUCCCGCAAGACGCUUACAGCCCCCUUGGACGGAGCUAUGAGUUAUAAGGAAAAGUUGCCAAAGCUGGUCGACGUUUACCGCUCCUCGAAACCGCUCGACAGGAGGCAAUUACCUCUUGUUGUCGAUGAAAAUUUAACGUUGGUGAUGGACGUCCGCAGUUCCGGCCUCGUGUGUGAUAACCCCCUGGUCCGGGGCAAGGAGCUGGAGGAGUUUACGAAAAAAUACGACACCUUGAGCGAAACGGAGCUGCGUUCGGCCUUAGAAAUCACCAAAUCGGAACUCAUGAACGUGCUCAACCAAAACGUGCCAUGUGUGGGGUGCCGCCGGAGCGUUGAACGGCUGUACUACCAACUGUUCAAGCUGCGCCACCCGACGUUGAACCCCCUAAUGGUCGAAAAAGACGGCAAAAUUACAAUCGACGAGAAGCAGGCCAUGCCGCAAGUCCUUUGUUCGAUUUUUCACGACCAUUCUUCACGUUUGGCGAAAUUGAUCGAAAAUCAGCCGAAAAGAAGCAAAAAGAGUCUCCGGUGCCUUUUACAUUCGUUGGAUUCGCAGCGUAGUCGCCCUUUGACCCCCAUUUGGAGGGACGUGUGGGGCUGCAUGCAGACUGAUUGUAAGAAAGAUGUUUGCAUUAUUGAGGCCCCCAGCUUAAGGGCCACUCUAGAGACGUACCUGCGCAAGCAUAGGUUCUGCGGCGAGUGCAGGACGAAGGUUUUGAGAGCUUAUACGCUUCUGAUGGAAGAGGCUGAACCUUGCAAGGAGAAAGGUUACAUAACCCAACUAUACGCCGGUAUUAAGCGAUGUUUGCGCGACAAACACAUCCACCUGCCCAUCCAGACCGACUACAUUACGAAACUGAUUAGUCGUGCCGAACCGGAAUUGCUCGGAAGUCGUAGAGAACGCCACGCUAAGACUUUAGAAAUCGCGCAAGAAGAAGUCCUCACUUGUCUCGGCAUCUGCAUGUAUGAACGCCUUCAUCGUAUCUACAUGCGUAUGCGCGAGGAGGAAUGUACCUGUCAGGUGUUUGCAGCCGUGGCUGUUGACACUUUGAGUCGAAGUUUUGAAACGGCCGUCGAACGAAAACGUGGUUUUUCACAACUCGAGUUAUUAUACGCGGAACUAGCACGCGAAGAACAACAGAAACAGAUCAGAAAAGAGCAGAAAAAGAUUAAACGUAAGCGCAAAAAGGGCAAAAGUUUGGAACAGGACGGGAAAGAGAAUUGCAAUGAGGAGGAUUUCGAGGAUAAUUGCUAUUCGCAAGCGGAUUUGAGUUGUUACAGUUGUGAGGAGUUGCUGAAAUGUGACGAUGAUGAUGAUGAUUACGAUUGUGACAAGCUGUGGAUUGAUGGGUGCAAGUGUGAGGAGGAGAAGGAGGAAAAAUGUGGCUAUACAAAUAAUAAAAAAGGAUCGAGCGAUUAUGGAUAUUCGUCGGAAAAUAAUAAUGGUUGUUGCGAAACGGCAAGUCUUAUUUCGAGUAUUUCAAGUUCGCCGGAAGGAUCAGAGUUGGCGUGUGAUACGUGUUGCCAACAUGAUGGCGAUACGUUGAAGAGGUUCAGAGAUGGCGAACAUCCGAGCUUGCAGCAGAUGUUAGAGGGUUGUAGCGAGGACGAAGACGACAGCAAUUGUAAAUUAACGCCGGAAGAGGUGUGGGAGUUUGAAAACAACCACAAACACUUAAUCGAGAAGCGUCAAGAAUUGCGCGAAGCUUUAAAAAAACGUUUUAUCGAUUUUUGUGCAUACGGUCCUUUGCCAGUGCCUCGUUUACUGGUUCAGUCGAAAUAUGCUUCAAAUUGAGAUUUGAUUUUUUCAUUUUUUAUUAGGGGUCCAUUUAUUUCGUUACAGUCUUUUUAACUGGAUGUAUUUUUUUUAAAACGCCGCAUUAUACAAAUUUUUAAAGCA